CGGAGCUGGAGUUCGUGCAGAUCCUCGUCAUCGUGGUGGUGAUGAUGGUGAUGGUGGUGGUGAUCACGUGCCUGCUGAGCCACUACAAGCUGUCCGCGCGCUCCUUCAUCAGCCGGCACAGCCAGGGCCGCAGGAGGGAUGGCGGCCUCUCCUCGGAAGGAUGCCUGUGGCCCUCAGAGAGCACUGUGUCUGCCGGAGGAAUCCCCGAGCCGCAGGUCUACGCACCGCCUCGGCCCUCCGACCGCCUGGCUGUGCCACCCUUUGCCCCCCGGGACCGUUUCCACCGCUUCCAGCCCACCUACCCCUACCUGCAGCAUGAGAUCGACCUGCCACCCACCAUCUCCCUGUCCGAUGGAGAGGAGCCCCCGCCCUACCAGGGCCCCUGCACCCUCCAGCUGCGGGACCCUGAACAGCAGCUGGAGCUGAACCGAGAAUCGGUGCGCGCGCCCCCCAACAGAACCAUCUUCGACAGUGACCUGAUGGACAGCGCCAUGCUGGGCGGCCCCUGUCCCCCCAGCAGUAACUCGGGCAUCAGUGCCACAUGCUACGGCAGCGGUGGGCGCAUGGAGGGGCCACCCCCCACCUACAGCGAGGUCAUCGGUCACUACCCUGGGUCUUCCUUCCAGCACCAGCAAAGCCACGGGCCACCCUCCCUGCUGGAGGGGACCCGGAUCCAGCACCCACACAUCACCCCCCUGGAGAGCAAGGAGAAGGAGAAGCAGAAAGGACACCCCCUCUAGGAGCCCAGGGGCGGGCCAGGCCGCUGUGGGCAGAAAGGCAGACACUCCGCACUUCCUAGAAGAGAAGAGGGAGGAGAACAGGGCGACACACGGGACAUGCAGCGUGUGACACCCCACCUCUCUGUGUAUAAAUAGCUACAUGUUAUGUCUGGUUUGAAUGCACAAGCGCAGAAAGCUUGCAAAAAACAAAACAAAACAAAACAAA